GAUUGAGGUUGAUGUCAGAGGUUGCUGACGUGCACAAGAUGAAGGUCUACGGCUGGAUAGCAGUGGCUGUGUUGCUCGUUCAGGCUCAACAAGGGUCCCCUUCCAAGGUGCACGUGUCUGAAGGGAAAACGGUGGAGCUCAAGUGUCCUCACGCCUCUGCACUCCCCCCGGUCCACUGGGCGAUAAAAGUGAAUGGGAGCCUGGUCUCCCUGCUGGACCACAACGAGGACGGACACUUCAGCCUGGCCGCGGACAACCGCACUCUGACGGUGCAGCGGGCGCUAUCAGAACACAGCGGCCUGUACCACUGCAAUGGUAAGAACACAGUGUACCUUAAGGUGGAUCUGCCCCUUCAGGUGUACCAACCAUUCACCUCUGGUGUCUACCGGUGGAUCAUGGUGGCCCUGGCACUGGGCGCGGCGGCCCUGGUCUUUCUGAUUCAAAGGAAGCACCGUUCCAGGGAAACACUUCAAAACCACAGGAACGACCCUACACCCGACCUCGUCGUGACCUCUGACCCGACCUCUGAAGGGGUGUACGAUGAGAUCCCGGACCAAGGCGACGUCCUGCGACGGGAAUCAGGCGGUGCAGCCGUUCAUUAUCUGGCCUAUGCCCCGCCCCACGGUAACCACCCCUACGCCAAUGUGGAUGAACCAUGGUCCAUGGAGCGCUAGCCCGCAGUGCUAGGAAACUACGCUAGCCCACGCUGCUCUCCUAUUGGAGGGAAUUCUGACCAGUCACAACCCUCCUGUGGGGAAAAAAAAAUCUGUUGUAAUGUUUAUCUUAUUUUAUAAAUUAAUAUAAUGUUCUGAAUAAAAUGUUGUUUUAAAUCUUUUUUAUAUAUAUUAUAUUUAUAUCUAUAUAUAUAAAUCGAUAUAGAUAUAUCGAAAUAGGGAUGUAGAGCUAUCCAUACAGCUCUGUAAACUCACCUUCACUUCAUACUCAUAGUGCUCGUCCUUGCCUUGUCCGCGCAGCAGGUAGCGAGGAACGUUCACCUGUAGGGGCCCCUGCUGGGGCGGGGGGGCCGCAGGGGGCCGCGGGGGACACACACUGCCAUGAUGUCAUCAUGAGAGGAGAGAGAGAGACACACAGAGAGAGAGACAGAGAGAUGGCACAGAAGGGAGAUAUAGAGAAGGGAAGCAGUUUCUUAUAAACUAACAAGAAUUCAUCACAAGAGUAAUUCAGUUGAUAUUGAUCACAAAUAAAUGGUUUUACUUUGAUGCGGAGAUGUGAAUGAAAGACAUGUCUAAAUCCAGAGUCAACGAGUCAUCUUUAUUGAAGAAUUCAUUGCAUAAAUAAAUGUUAUACUUUAAAGAAUUCA